ACCUGGCGAAGUAGACACCACCGAAAUCCGUAUGGAAUGUGUUAUUUUGCGAUAAAGUAUCUUUCCCACAGUAGAAUGCAUUGAUGAGGGACUAGCACAGAUCAGAGAUUCUACAACUAAGUGACAGCAUGGCUUUGUGUGUAGAUGGAAAAUCACUUGAGGAUGUUGGAUGCGCAGACCUUCACCUGAUGCCAUGCACGAUAGAAGGAGACGGAGAGGCCAAUGUGUCUCAAUUUUUUACACCUGCUAUCAGACAGAAUGAGGAAAGCCCGGGCACAACAGGUCAGCAGGUAUCAUUCCGAGGGAGACUCCUUAGAGGUCAAGAGAUUCCAAUCCCUGAGGGAUAUAAAGGUGUUAUUCUGAAAGAGCCUAGUAAACCCUUCACUGAAGAUGAGGAUCGUACUUUAAAAGCAACCCAAAGUUUUGACAAGUUUACCUAUUGGAAUUUGGAAACGGCACCUUCUACAAAUGACACAAUUCAACGAGCCUUGGCAUGGACCAAUAUAGCUUCUGCAUUACACAGUCCUGUAUCAUCUGAUAAGCCAUCUUUGGAAUCCCAGGGCAGUGUAGCUGGCUGUAGAUGAAAUUCAACCAUUCCAAUGUACUCCUACCUGAAUACUAGUGGUCAGAUUCAACCUGAGAUCAUGAUGCCACUGUGUUCUCUUGAUGCCAGGCCUUUCCAGCUUACUCCAGAGUUAACCAUUUCAUGAAAGUUUUCAGCACCAACAAGUCAUCGUUAUUGGAUAAAUGUGAAAAAGAUGGGAUAGUUAACAUAGAAGCAGUCAGAUAUAUUUCCCAUUAAGUCAAUCGAAAGCAAAGGAAUUUGUCUGAUAAAAGUGUUGAUGUUAUCCUACAGUAUGUUACCAUGAUGAGGAACGAAGUCAAGUCCCACAGGAAUACUUGGUAGUUCUUAAAAAUUCAAUUGGAAUCUAUUUUUGUUGAUUCUCGGCCAUUGCAUUAUAUAUGAAGAUGCGGGAGUCAUUGUGACCUUUCCCACUUCUAAGUCACUGUACCUUCCAAGAUGUGAAUUGCUUUUCUGCCAGAGACUCUGUAGGGAGGGUGUUUGAUAUACCUUGUGAUGUAACUUUUUGUCAUUCUGAUUGAUAAUACUGUGAAUUUCUUUAUGAUUAAAUUUUGUAUGUAAAAAGUG